ACACAAGACGAAGAAGAAGCGCAAGCGUCCAGAUAGAUCCAUGGUCCACCUGUGAAGAGGUCCUGUGGUUGUAGCUUCAGCAUGUCGGGGAUAGAAGCCUGGUACAUCGACAGCUCUGAUGAAGACCAGAGAAAGCCGCACAGACUGAACCCGAACCAGCCUGUUUCUCUGGAGGAAUUAAAAAAGAUCGGCGUUUUGCACUGGAAGCUGAAUGCUGAUAUCUAUGAAACAGACCCAGAGCUGCUGCAGAUCCGAAAGGACCAAGGCUACUCCUAUAUGGACAUCAUCACUAUUCACAAGGACACACUGCCCAACUAUGAGGAAAAGCUGAAGAUGUUCUUUGAGGAACACCUGCACUUGGACGAUGAGAUCCGGUACAUCCUAGACGGCCGGGCUUACUUUGAUGUCAGGGACAAGGAGGACAGAUGGAUCAGAAUCGCUAUGAGCAAGGGCGACCUGAUCACCCUGCCGGCCGGCAUCUACCACCGCUUCACCAUGGACGAGACCAACUACACUAAAGCCAUGAGGCUGUUUGUGGGGGAGCCGGUGUGGAAAGCUCACAACCGGCCCGCUGAUGACUUUGACAUCCGUAAGAAGUACGUGACAUCUCUGCAGGAGUCCUGAGAGAAAACUGCGGCAGACUACAUCAGCUACAAAGUCAACUCCAUAUGAACACUGUUCACACUAGAUGCAGAACCUCUGAUGUGAUCGUGCCGGGCCACUAAAAAGGUUUUAAGUCAGAAUGUUCAGAAAGAUCUCCUGUAGCAAAGAUGUUAUGUACUGAGAUGCUUUUUAGUGGUAAAUGAAAUGUAGACUGAAAGUAAGUACAUUUACUCAAGUAUUUUACUUUACAAUACACAAUUUGAAGUAUGAGUAUUUCUAGUUUAUGCUACACUUUUACAUUUCAGAGUGAAAAACUAUUUUUCACUUUCCUACAAUUGACAACUAUCAUUACUGGUUAGAUUUAGAUUCUACAUACAAAACACAUGAUUAGAUAAUAACAUUAUGCACAUACAAAGAAGUUAAAAAUAGCUUCAUCUCAACUAUCUAGAUUUUAAUGCUGCUUACAGGUUAAUCCAUCAUUAAUGACAAUUUAAUAAUGUGUAAUCUCCAUAAACAGAUAUCUGCAUAUGAAUGCAUCUGUAGGACAUGGAACAAGUUGUGUAGUAAAGUGGGUGUGUCAUGUAGUAAAGUGGGUGUGUCAUGUAGGUCUGUAGGACUGCAGAUAGACCCUUCUCAUAUCUGCUGGCUACACUGGAACCUCUGAAAUAUUGGCCCCAGAAGCUAAAUCGUCAUCAGACUGAUAGCCGAUGGAUUCAGAGAUGGAAUAGUAUGUAACAUUUUAAAAGGGGCCCAUUCUGUAUGAGUACUCAGACAUUAAAAGUAAAAGUAUAAUACUAGUGUACUUAAGCAGAUGUGUGAA